AUGGCUUCCUCCAUCCCGGGACCCGUCCCUUUGCCCCAAUCCAGAUAUGACUUGGACACCUACUGGGGCAGAGUCAAGCACUGUGCUGAGAUCUCCGACCCUACCAUGUUGCUCAACACCUCCUCCGACAUCGAGAGUGCCAAAAGAAAAAUCUGGGACUACCGUAACGGCGUCACUCUGGCCAUGUCACCAGACCUCUGGCGGGCCAAGAAGAUCUUGGACUCCACAUUGCACCCAGACACCGGCGAAACCGUGUUUCUUCCAUUCAGAAUGAGCUCGUGUGUGUUGUCCAACUUGGUGGUCACAGGAGGCAUGUUAACACCCGGAUUGGGCACCGCAGGUACCUUGUUCUGGCAGGUGGCUAACCAGUCGUUGAACGUGGCUAUCAACACCGCCAACGCCAACAAGUCCCACCCCUUGACCACCCAGCAAAUCAUCACCAAUUACUCGUUGGCUGUGGGAGCUUCGUGCUCGGUGGCGUUGGGGUUGAACGCCAUUGUGCCUCGCUUGAAGUCUUUAAAGCCCAACACCAAGAUGAUUUUGGGCAGAUUGGUGCCUUUUGCAGCCGUGGUGUCCGCUGGAAUUGUCAACGUGUUCUUGAUGAGAUCUGAGGAGAUCAAGAAGGGAAUCACUGUGUUCGAUCACAACGGCGAGGCGGUAGGUACCUCCAAAACUGCAGCCUGGUACGCUGUCGGAGAGACGGCUGCUAGCAGAGUCAUUAACGCCACUCCCGUCAUGGUGAUUCCCCCAUUGAUUUUGGUCAGAUUGCAACAAUCGAGGCUCUUGAAGGGCAAGUCCAAGAUGUUGGAGACCAUGGCUAACAUGGGUUUGAUCUUCACUACUGCGCUUGUGGCCUUGCCAUUUGCGUUGGCUGUUUUUCCACAAAGAAGACAAUUGCCCGUCACGAAGUUGGAACCAAAGUUCCAUGCUUUGAAGGACAAGGAAGGCAAUGAGAUCAAGGCUUUAGAAUUCAAUAGAGGAAUUUAA